AGAACGUCUAGCUCCGCCCCUGUACAGUAGACGCCUCCUUUCCAUGGUUACUGUCCCUUUAAGCCGGUGCGGAAGUAACACUGAUACUUCAUGUUCUUGGUGGAAGGUCAGGUUUAUGUCUCCAUCUGAGCAGGAGUUACUCUUUUCAAAAUAAUUAUUUUUCCUCAAGUGAUCUUUCAGACUCAACACGUCGCUUGUUUUCGUUUUUUAUCGCUAUACUUUGCUGUUGAGGCCGUGCGCAGUGCAGCUUUAUAAAAAAAAAACAACGCGACAGAGUCCGUUUCCUUCCUCAUCCAUGUCCGGGUCCAAAUGUUCCAAGCUAGGCGGGAUCCUGCUCAAACAAGUCCUGGACUCCGUGGACACGGUCCUCUUUGACUGUGACGGAGUGAUCUGGCGUGGGGACCAGGUAAUCAGCGGCGCUGCUGAUGUGAUAAACCGCCUGAAGGAGGCCGGGAAACGGGUCUUCUUUGUCACCAACAACAGCACUAAGACGCGGACGAUGUACGCGGAGAAGAUGGCCAAGAUGGGCUUCAAAGUAGCAGAGGAGGAAGUGUUCGGGACCGCGUACUGCUGCGCCAUCUACCUAAAAAACGUAUGCCAGCUGCAGGGUAAAAAAGUCUACUUGAUCGGUAACCCUGCCAUGGCGCAGGAGCUGGCGGCCGCCGGGAUCCAGCAGACCGGUGAGGGGCCGGACCUCAUCUGUGGACAGCAGAUCGACUGGGCCAACGUGCCUCUGGACCCAGAUGUGAAGGCGGUGGUGGUCGGUUUUGACCAGCAUUUCAGUUACAUGAAGCUGAACCGAGCCUUGCAGUAUCUGAUCCGGCAGGACUGUAUGUUUGUAGGCACCAACAGGGACUCCAGGCUGCCCCUUGAGGGGGGCAAGGCUGUUCCAGGUACAGGCUGCCUCCUGCAGGCCGUGGAGACAGCCGCCCAACAGAAAGCCCAGACGGUUGGCAAACCAAGCAAAUUCAUGUUCGAGUCUUUGGCCCUCCAGUUUGGCGUGGACCGCGAGCGCUGUCUCAUGGUGGGCGACCGCCUGGACACAGAUAUCUUGCUGGGGUCCAACUGUGGCUUGAAGACCCUGCUGACCCUCACUGGGGUCAGCACACUGGCAGAUGCUGAGGCUCACGAAAAGAGUGGCUGCACAGAGCGACAGAAGAUGGUACCAGAUUAUUAUGUGGACAGUAUUGCAGAUUUGCUUCCUGCUCUGCAGGCAUGAAGCUGCUGCAAAUGUGUCGAGAAUAAGGAGCAGCUAAGUACAGCAACAGCUGUAAAACUUAGAAGAUUGAGGAGCGUGGGACAUACCAGUGUCCCACUGUCUCUGAUGUAUCUGAGGGACAGUUCCAAUUUGUUGGUGUGACGCUGUGGUACAGUUGUCAACAACCAGAUCAACACAGAAUUCUGAAAACAUUGAUACAAGCAAAUACACAAGAAAAACAGAUUUAUGGAAUUGGCAAAAAUACAAAGUUCUCUUAGGGUAAAGGCUACAAAAAAACUAAUUUUAAAGUGAGUUUAUAAUACCUGCAAUUUUAGACAUAAUGAGACAUAAUGAAUGAGUUUACAUUAUGUAGUUCACAUACACCCUGACUGUUUUCAAGAAUCUUGUUUAAAUACAUGUAACAUCAAAUGAGGCUGCAGCUACCACAUCUGUGAGAGACUGAAAUGCACAUUUUCUUGUAUGAGCAUUGUUGCAGUUGUGCUUACCAAAGUCGUAGUGAAAAGAGUAAAAUAUAUAAAUAUAUUUUUAACAUUAAUUUUAUUUUUGUUGUCACUACAAAUGACACUUAAAUGUUAUAUAAAAUAAUAUUUUUGGUAUUUCUUAAAUGUAACAAGGCAUUCGGAUAAGAUAAAAGAGGUCAACUUUAGAAACUACUAUUUUGUCUGUGGUGCAAUAACUAGAUUAGACAAUUCACAAGUUAUAUCAGAGUGUGGCUAACUUUGUGAGUCUGUCUUCAGUUUAAUUUCAUUUCUAACAACAUGUUGUGAAAUGCAAAGCUUUGUGACCUCAGUUUCUUGUAUUUACCAAGUGUAUUUCAACACCUUUACAAAAUGUCUCUGCACUUACAUUAACAAGGUCAUGCAAAUACCUCAGCUGUAUUUCUUUUCUGUUUUGUUAGUGACGAAGACGGUUUUUGUCUUCUUUUAAACAACCAUUUUCUGAUUCAUAUUAAGGAGCAGUGACGACCAGAAUCUCUACACCACCUCUAGAACAAUAAAUUAUGAACUGUCUUAAUUCCA